UGACGUCGGCGCGGGGACGCCCACGCCUCGCGGCCGCAGGGGCCAGUCCGGCAGCAGGGGGAAGGGGUCCGUGCGGGCUCUUCGUAGCGAUUCGAGUUUCUGCUUGAAACCGCGGUUGUUUAAAAGUCCAGGGUACUUGGGAGGGGGCUGCCACUCCCAGCUCUGCUGCCUCUGACUUUGCGACUCUCGGGUCCAAAAUGAACAAAGUGUGUGCUAUUUUUGGGGGCUCCCGGGGUAUCGGCAGGGCGGUAGCGCAGUUAAUGGCCCAGAAAGGCUACCGAUUGGCGAUCGUCGCCAGAAACCUGGAAGUGGCCAGAGCCGCCGCCGCCGAGCUCGGCGGAAAUCAUGUGGCUUUUAGCUGUGACGUUGCUAAAGAACAUGAUGUUCAAAAUACAUUUGAAGAGAUGGAGAAACAUUUAGGUCAAGUAAAUUUCUUGGUAAAUGCAGCUGGUAUUAACAGAGAUAACCUUUUAGUAAGAACAAAAACUGAAGAUAUGGUAUCUCAGCUUCAUACUAACCUCUUGGGUUCCAUGCUGACAUGUAAAGCUGCCAUGAGGACUAUGAUUCAACAACAGGGAGGGUCUAUUGUUAAUGUGGGCAGUAUCGUUGGUUUAAAGGGGAAUUCUGGCCAGUCCGUGUACAGUGCCAGUAAAGGAGGAUUGGUUGGAUUUUCCCGUGCACUUGCUAAAGAGGUGGCAAGAAAGAAAAUUAGAGUGAAUGUAGUUGCACCAGGGUUUGUCCGUACAGACAUGACGAAAGACUUGAAAGAGGAGCAUUUAAAGAAAAACAUCCCUCUUGGGAGGUUUGGAGAAACUAUCGAAGUGGCACAUGCAGUCGUGUUUCUUUUAGAAUCUCCGUAUGUUACGGGACAUGUUCUAGUGGUGGAUGGAGGAUUACAACUCAUGAUAUAAUUAGAGGUUGUUUGUUUAUAGUGGUGAUUUGAGUCACUUUGGCUAUUGGUUAUAAACCCCACCUACACGGGUGACAUUUACUAAUCAAACAUAUUGAUUCCACAAAUGUUGAUUCUCAUGUUUAUAUGAUUGUCUGAAAAGAACAGUGUGUGACCAGCUGUGUUUUAGCUAAAGGGUAUGUAUCAUCUACUGCUGAUUACUUUAUGGGCUGUAGUAAUUUGGUAUAGAGACAUUUUGCAAGGGUUGUAAACAGGUGUUGACUUACAUAUUUUAUCUCAAAAGUACAAAAUUAUAUUGCCUAAUUGUGGUGAAUUUUUCCACUGUAUCUGGUUGAAAUUUUUAGACAUUAACCUUUUAGACUUUUGUCUAAAUAAGAGUAUUUACAGAACAUUGAUUAGUUGUCAGUGCUUCAGUAGCUCUGCUAAUGGUUUGCAAUGGUUCAGCAUGUGCUCAGACCAUCAGUUUUUUACAGGUUAGGAAAAAAGUAUUAGUUAGAUAAAGACAUGAAGUUAGACUGUAUUUCUUGGAGAGCCAUCACUCUUGGUUAAGCAGAUAGGCAAAAUAAUAUGCAAUUUUAAUUAUGGCACAGUUGGCCCAUUCUUUAGAAAUUCUGAAAGGUGAUAAAGCUUAAUCCUUAUGUAGUAUUAAGGUUUUAAUAUCUGGUACAGUAAUGUACUGCGCAGAUUUCAUGACUGUAGGGAGUGUUUUUUUUUUUUUACUCCCCAAAACUCAAUGUAGGGAGCUAUUGAAAAAAA